GCCGCGCGCCUGUUAACGCUCCGCCGAGGCUCGUCCCCCGCUGUCGCUCCCCGGUCUUCCAGUGUGGAUUUACAUUCCCUGAUUUCCGUGGGACUGGGAAGCGAAAGAGGAGGGAGGCGAGUCUUCCAGGAACCGGGAGGAAAACGGCGUUAAUUCGACAAAAUGUACAACUUUUAGCCACCUUUUCGCGCCUCCUUAUUGGUCGGAAUAACGCUCGCGCUGCUUUUUUUUUUUUUUUUAGCUCCCAACUGGCUUCUGGACUACUUUUUUAUAGUCUGGAGAAGAAGAAGAAGAAGAACAGGGGGUCCGGGGAGGUCUCUCCUGAGGAGCAGCUUUGAGUGUGAACCCUGGUUGCUGGAGGGCCGUGGCCAUGGCGGGGGGUGGUGGAGCCGGUGGGGGGGUCUCGCCGUUGGGGCCCGCGCCGCCGAUGUGGUAUCACCGGGACCUGAGCCGAGCCGCGGCCGAGGAGCUGCUGGCCCGGGCCGGGAGGGACGGCAGCUUCCUGGUGCGGGACAGCGAGAGCGUCAGCGGGGCUUACGCGCUGUGUGUGCUGUUUCAGAAACACGUCCACACCUACAGAAUCCUCCCGGACGAGGACGGAUUCCUCGCUGUGCAGACGUCUCAGGGCGUGCAGCCGAAGCGUUUCCAGACGUUACCUGAGCUGGUGAGUCUGUACCUGCAGCCCAGUCAGGGCCUGGUGUCCACGCUGCUGUUCCACGUGGACCGUGAGGAGGAGGCGGCCUUCAGCGACGACCGGGACUACUCAGAUGGGGAGGACGAGAAGCCGCCGCUGCCCCCCCGCUCUGCCUCCACCUACACGCCCCCCGGACCGGACGCGCCCCCCGAGAGCGCUCCAGCAGCGAACGGCCUCAGCACCAUCUCCCACGAGUACCUGAAGGGCAGCUACGCUCUGGACCUGGAGGCCGUCAAGCAGGGAGCCGGCUCGCUGCCUCACCUCAACAAGACGCUGGUGGCCUCCUGCAAACGGCUCAACGGGGAGGUGGAUAAGGUUCUGUCGGGUCUGGAGAUCUUGUCUAAAGUCUUUGAUCAGCAGAGUGCCUUCAUGGUUUCCAAGAUGAUCCAACAGUCGGUGAAUCAGGGUGGAGACCAGGAGCUGGAGAACCUUGUGACCAAGCUGGCCAUUCUCAAAGACCUGCUGUCCUCCAUCGAGAAGAAGGCUCUGAAAGCUCUCCAGGACAUGAGUUUGUCAUCGCCGUGCUCCCUUCCUCCGCUCUCCAUGCGGCACAGCAAAGCCAUCCCCGUGCAGGCCUUCGAGGUGAAGCUGGAUGUUUACCUGGCAGAGCUGACGAAGAUAGGGAAGAGUCAGAAGUACACCCUGUCCGUGGACGUGGAGGGGGGGCGGCUGGUGGUGAUGAAGAAGGUGAAGGACAGCCAGGAGGACUGGACGACCUUCACGCACGACAAGAUCCGUCAGCUCAUCAAGUCUCAGCGGGUGCAGAAUAAACUGGGCAUUGUUUUUGAGAAGGAGAAGGAGAAGAACCAGAGGAAAGACUUCAUCUUUGCCAGUGCUAAGAAGCGGGAGGCCUUCUGUCAGCUGCUGCAGCUCAUGAAGAACAAACAUUCCAACCAAGACGAGCCGGACAUGAUCUCCAUCUUCAUCGGCUCCUGGAAUAUGGGCUCGGUGCCCGCCCCCAAGGCCCAGGCCUCGUGGCUGCUGUGCCGCGGCCUCGGCAAGACGCUGGACGAGAUCACGGUGACCAUCCCCCACGACCUCUACGCCUUCGGCAGCCAGGAGAACUCGGUGUGCGACCGCGAGUGGGUGGAGUCGCUGCGCGCCAUGUUGAAGGAGCAGACGGAGCUGGACUACAAACCGAUCGCGGUGCAAACGCUGUGGAACAUAAAGAUUGCGGUGUUGGUGAAACCGGAGCACGAGAACCGGAUCAGCCACGUGGGAAUGUCCAGCGUGAAGACGGGCAUCGCCAACACGCUGGGCAACAAAGGCGCCGUGGGCGUGUCCUUCAUGUUCAACGGGACGUCUUUCGGCUUCGUGAACUGUCACCUGACCUCAGGGAAUGAGAAGAUUGCCAGGAGGAACCAGAACUACCUGGACAUCCUGCGCCUGCUGUCGCUGGGAGACAAGCAGCUGAGCUCCUUCGACAUCUCUCUGCGCUUCACACACCUCUUCUGGCUCGGAGACCUCAACUACCGGCUGGACAUGGACAUCCAGGAGAUUUUGAACUACAUCAACAGGAAGGAGUUCGAGCCUCUGCUGAAGGUGGACCAGCUCAACUUGGAGAGGGAGAAGAACAAAGUGUUCCUCCGCUUCGGGGAGGAAGAGAUCUCCUUCCCUCCCACCUACCGGUACGAGCGUGGCUCCAGGGACACGUACGUGUGGCAGAAGCAGAAAGCCACCGGGAUGAGGACCAACGUCCCGUCGUGGUGCGACCGCAUCCUGUGGAAGUCGUACCCAGAGACUCACAUCGUCUGUAACUCGUACGGCUGUACCGACGAUAUCGUGACCAGUGAUCAUUCCCCCGUGUUCGCGACCUUCGAGGUCGGCGUGACCUCCCAGUUCGUCUCCAAGAAAGGUCUGCCCAAGGCCUCCGAGCAGGCCUACAUCGAGUUCGAGAGCAUCGAGGCCAUCGUGAAGACGGCCAGCAGAACCAAGUUCUUCAUCGAGUUCUACUCCACUUGUCUGGAAGAGUUCAAGAAGAGUUACGAGAAUGACAGUCAGAGCAGCGACAACGUCAACUUCCUGCGCGUGGGCUGGUCCAACAAGCAGCUGACGACGCUCAAGCCGCUGCUCUCCGAGAUCGAGUACCUGCAGGACCAACACCUGCUGCUCACGGUGAAGUCUCUGGACGGAUACGAGUCCUACGGAGAGUGUGUGUUGGCCCUGAAGUCGAUGAUCGGCAGCACGUCGCAGCAGUUCCACACCUACCUGUCCCACCGGGGCGAGGAGACGGGGAACAUCAGGGGCUCCAUGAGGGUCCGGGUCCCCUCAGAGAGGAUGGGGACCCGGGAGCGUCUCUACGAGUGGAUCAGCGUGGAUAAGGAUGAGACAGGGGGACCCAAAGGGAAAUCCAGCGUUGUGUCCAGAUUAGGCCACGAAUACGUGAAGCCCUCUGUGGUUCGUAAGCAGCUUGGUGAUUUGAGUAAAGUGAGCGAGGAGAGAGAGAGAACCAUCAAGGAGGAGACCACCGCAAGGCCUAAGCAGGACCCAAUGGAGGACCCCUCCCCCAUCUGUAAGAACAGCUACAACAACCCCGCCUACUACAUCCUGGAGGGUGUCCCCAACCAAUCAGCAGCCGCCCUGUCGCCAGAGCUCCUCCCCUCUCCCGUCUCCCCGAGCCCCCAGGCGGCCAAAGCCCCGCCCCCCUCGGCCGGCGCUCGGACCAAACCGCCCUACGCCGCGGCCCCGGGGCCCUCGCACCCACGCAGGCCCCUGAUGGGGCAUCCGGUCCGCGCCAUCAGCGAGGAGGGGUCCUCGGAGGAGGACGCAGGCGCGUGCGUGGCGGCCGGAGCGCCGGGGGGCGGCGGCGCCGGAGCGCCGGUGGCGAGCACGCUGAACCGACCUCCUCCCGACUUCCCCCCUCCCCCCCUCCCCAAGGGGGCACUGGAGACGGUGGCAGAAUCCCCCUUCUCCAAGCCCCGCCCCCUUUACCCGGACCUCGCCGAGGCCAGGAUCACCGCCGCCGCCCCGCCGGAGGGUUUCAGGCGAGGAGGAGGAGGAGGAGGAGGAGGAGGAGGAGGUGCGGCGGCGUUGGACGACCAGUCGUGCUCUGUACUCCAGAUGGCGAAGACGAUGAGCGAGAGCGAGUUCUCCGGGCCGGCGGCGCCUCGCGCUCCGUCGGCGCCGCCGCUCAGAGCGCCGCCGCCCGGCGCGGCUCCGGACGCCUGCCGCACGUUUCCCCCCAGGAACGCCAUCACGGAGAGCAUCGCCGAGGACACACCCCCCGAGGAGGCCCUGUGGGGCAGCAGCAGUUCUUCUCUCUCUCUGGGCGAGUCGUCGGUGGGCGAGUGGCUCCAUCGUCUCGGCCUGGAGCGCUACGAGACGGGCCUGCUGCACAACGGCUGGGACGACCUGGAGUUCCUCAGUGACAUCACGGAGGAGGACCUGGAGGAGGCCGGCGUGCUCGACGCCGCUGACAAGCAGAUCCUCCUGGAGAGCCUGAAGCAGCAGAACUAGACCCUCUAAACCUGGUCCAACCAGGUCUGGUACCAGGUGAACUGGACCGGGUCUGGACCGUCACCAGGUGAACUGGACUGAGCCUGUUGAUGCCAGGAUGUGCCUUCGGAGGGGAACUUGCUCUCUCAGAUCCCAGGCGGAGCCGACAGGAAGUGGCCGCGCCCCGUCGUCGUCGCCGUUCAGUCCUCCAGCGUUUUGCUCUUCACGAUGUUUUGGGCGUCUGGUGUUUAGAUGGUGGAACUCGUUGUUGUCCACACCCUCGUAUUUAUGUGUUUUUGUUUUUACGGAUAAAGGGAACACGGAGCAAAGCGUCCCGUUGAAGCUCGGCGUGGACGGACCGGCUUCACUUAACGAUAUUUACAGGUUCACAUUUCAGCUUCUGAGUUUCAGAAAUAAACACUUUGAAACGAGUACAGAAGGCGAUAAAGACAUGAUAUAUAUUAUAUUAUAUAUAUAUUAUGUAUAUAUAUAAUAUAUUAUAUAUAUAUAUAUAAUAUAUAUAUAUUAUGUUUGUAUAUGUAUGUAUAUAAUAUAUUAUAUAUCUAUAUAUAUUAUAUAUAUACAUAAUUUAUAUAUUAUGUAUAUAUAUUAUAUAUAUAUAUACAUAAAAUAUAUAUAUUUAUAUUAUAUAUAUAUAUAUAUAUACACACGAGGUCAACUCUGAAGGUUUCAUCCAGCACAUUUAUCAUUUCACUGUAACAUAGUUUGUGAGGUCAUUUCAUCAAGAAGGUAAAUCUUAUGCUUACACCAAAGCUUUCAUUCAUUUCUAUUUAAAUAGUUUAAAUUCUUCACGGAUCAGUUAACACGGAGAGAUGGAUUAACUGAUCAUGAUGUACAGGAGAUUAUUUACUUUUUUUAUUGUCUCAAUCAUUUAUUUCCCCAUGUGUUUGUGUAGAUUAUAUUCUCUCGGUGUGUGUCCGUCAUAGAGUCACGUGUUGUCCUCGUGGAGUCAGACCAGACGGUUCUGCAGACUGUUUCACGGCGUGUCGUUCCCCGUGUGGCCAGCAGGGGGCGCUGCUGCUCCGCGAACCUCCUCAGCGGGUUUGACGCUGACUGCAAACUGUGCAACCAAGUCCUGGAAGAAGUUUGUUUAUAUAUUAUUAUCCUUGAGCAUUUAAGCUCACCAUGUCUGUUUGUUCUUAAUUUAAAUCCUGCCCGUCGUCGAGAAGACGAAAGGUUAUUUUAUAUUUAGUGAAGACGUCUCAAAGUUUAAAUGGGUUUCAUAAUUGGGACUAAAUGUGUUUGUAGCAUUUCAUUCAUGUCUUUCUCUCCUGACUCAAAAACGUCCUCGAAUUAUGUUCCUCAUGUAGCCUCAGUGUGUGUGUGUGUGUGAGUAAGCGUGUGUGUGCGAGAGAGAGUGUGUGUUUGUGUGUGUGUGAGAGAGAGAGGUGUGUGUAAAAGAGAAAGUGAGUUUUCUCUUGAUGUUCCUCUGUUAAGUUAAUGUCAGACGUCUACGGACAAUGUUGUUGUUGUUGUGUUUUGUUUUUCAAAUUAAAAUCUAAUAUCUUUCCUUA